UAACAGGUUGCCUUAGCACUGCGAACCAGACUGUGACAUCAUUAUUAGUAUAAACGGUAAGGAUCUCUUUUCUCCACCCAUUUGCACUGCUGGCUGUAAGCUCCCACGUUCACCGAGAUCUACAACCUGACACGGAUCAAGAUGAUGACAUAUCAAACUGAAGUGGUCAACACACAGCCUCAGGUGUCAGUCACCAGUUAUACUGUUUCCACUGGUUCCUCUGACUGGAGCUCCAACCUCUGUGAUUGCUGUGAUGACUGUGGCAUAUGUCUUUGUGGUGCAUUUAUCCCCUGCAUCCUUGGCUGUAAGGUGGCACAGGACCAUGGUGAUACCUGCUGUCUACCCUUUCUUCCUGGAGCCAUGAUUGCGUUACGAACCAGUAUUCGUGACAAAUACCGCAUCCAUGGGUCCAUCUGUGAUGACUGGCUGAUCAUGUCCUGCUGCCCGUUAUGUGGUCUCUGUCAGAUGGCUCGAGAACAGAAGAUGAGGGGCUGAGGAAUCCAGAAAGGCAGAGAUAGGAUGACUGGUGGCUUCCUGACGACAAAACCUCUUCUUCCACAUGUUAAUUUAUAGAUAUAGGAGUGCUGUAUUGUACAUUGCCUUGUACAAUGUUAUUUUUAGGCAAUAUAAUAAUAAACAUACAUUUAUUCUUAUUAUUCUUAUUAUUCUUAUUAUUAUUAUUCAUUUUGAAUAUCUAUUUCAAUAAAACAUUUGUUUUGAAGUGCA